AAGAGCAUACAGUAUAUAUAAGGGUUAUCACGUAAAACUAGAUGUCCAAUCUGUCAAUUGAUAAAAGUUUGUGCAUGCAGAGUUCAUUUUACCGUCGGAGAUGCUCUAUUACUUGAUCUUUCUGUUUUGCCUGAUCUCAAGUACGAUUUCUGAAAAUACUAAAUUGCCGCGUAUAGUGAUCGUUGGUGCUGGAGCGUCUGGUAUCGCAGCUGCGUCGAAAUUGAUCGAGAAUGGUUUUGAAAAUCUUAUUAUUUUGGAAGCCGAGAAUCGAAUCGGUGGACGGGUAAAUACAGUAAAAUUUGACGAGUACGUGAUCGAUUUAGGCGCGCAAUGGGUUCACGGAGAGAAGGGAAAUGUUGCGUACGAAUUGGUAGCUCCUUUGAACAUUACAGAUCACUCGAAACCAAUUAACGAUGAAAUAUACACAUCUACUGGUGAAUUACUCGAUCCUAGAAUCACAAAGAACAUUACGGAUACUUACCUAUCUUUUGGACGCACUAGUCCGGAGAUGUCGGAUGAUGAGUGUCAGCAUUCCGUCGGCGAAUGUCUCAUAUACAAGUUCAAAGACAAUUUUGAGAUGUUUCCGGAAUUAAAUGAAACGCUACAGGAUCAAUUACUGUGGCUGUUGAAUUUAAUGGAGACCAGCUUUGAUCCUGCCGAUGACUGGUUAGAUAUCGCAGCGAAAACGUAUACCGAUUAUAGUGUGUGUGAGGGUGAUCUGUCGAUCAAUUGGAGGAAACGAGGAUAUGGUACUAUUCUCGAUAUAUUAAUGAAAAGAUUUCCAAAUCCAGAGGAUGAGUUACCUGUGCUAAACAAAACGAUACUUAAUGCUGAAGUAACGAAAGUUGAUUACUCCAGUGACGAUAAUACCGUGAAAAUAACAACGCUCGAUGGAAAAGAAUAUAUAGCCGAUCAUGUCAUCAUGACACCUUCUUUAGGAGUGCUUAAAGCACAGCACGAAACUCUCUUUAAUCCUUCAUUGCCGGAAUCAAAAAUUAAGAGUAUUAAGGGACUGGGAUUUGGAAAUGCUUGUAAAAUAUUUUUAGCCUUCGAUGAUGUUUGGUUUACUCCCACGGAAACGAACAACGCAGGAUAUAGAAUUUUGUGGAGUAAAGAAGAAAGGGAAAAGCUUGAGAGUGAUCCAAAAACGAGGUGGAUACCUUAUACAGCAGCCUUUAACUUUGUCGACCACAAACCUCGUUUAUUGCAAGCAUGGGUAUCUGGAAGAGGUGCACGGUUAAUGGAUGACCUCACCGAUGAUGAAGUUUUUGAUCAAACAGUACAAAUAUUAAAUAAUAUGUUGUUGAAACAUCAUAAUGUCACUAGGCCAAUAGCGAUGAUAAGGAGUAAAUGGCAUCAAAAUAAACAUUUCCGGGGUACAUAUAGUUAUCAGAGCGUAAAUUCUAUAAGGACGAACUCUACCGCGAAGGAAUUAUCAGAGCCAAUUAUGAAAAUGGGGAAACCCAUAAUUCUAUUCGGAGGUGAAGCUACCAACAAAAAUCACUACUCUACAGUACAUGGAGCAAUUGCCUCUGGGUGGAGAGAAGCAGAAAGAUUAAUAAAUCUUUACGACAAUUAAUUGUAUAAUUGAAAAUGCAAUGACAAAAUACAUUUUAUUUAGAUAAAACUGUUCAUAAUUAACAUGAUAAUAAAUAUGAUACGAUAAAAAUUA